UUAAAGGGCUUGUUUGGUUUCAAUUUCAAUGUUGAUGUAAUUUGGUAUUCGUUUUAAUUUUUAGUUUUAUGUGAACAUAAAUGGGAAGACAACUUGUUAAACUUCUACAGGUCGGUAAAAUAAAAUAUGGUAGUGGACUACACUUACAACAACACUUUGUUCAGCUUCAUAAAACGACAACAGAAAAUCAAAAUACUCUGAUUAUUGUUGAGCACCCUCAUGUGUAUACAACAGGAAUUCGCGACAGCAAAUAUUCACAAAGUGAAGAAGAAAAGCUUAAGCAAAAAGGAGCUGAAUUUUAUAGAACCAAUAGAGGUGGUCUAAUAACAUACCAUGGACCUGGACAACUAGUGGCAUAUCCCAUUUUAAACUUACACAAUUUCUCUCCAAGGAUUCACUGGUAUAUUGAUAAAAUAGAAAAGACCAUCCUCAAUUUGUGCAACAAAUUUAAAUUGGAGGCUGAACUGCUUGGGGACAGAGGUGUGUGGAUUAAGGACAAAAAGAUUUGUUCUGUUGGACUUCAUGGGUCCCGUUACAUUACCUCCCAUGGUUUUGCCCUAAAUUGCAACCCUGAUCUCUCAUGGUUUGAUCAUAUAGUACCAUGUGGAAUUGAAGGAAAAGGUGUUACAAGUCUCAGUCAAGAACUGGGUAGAGAAGUAACAAUUGCAGAGACUCUACCAGUCUUGUUGGAAAGUUUUAAGGAAGUCUUUGAGGUAGAUCUCAUUGAUUAUCCUGAAGAAGAGGCUGGUUAUAUCCAUAAGACUUUUGUUAAAUAAGAAACAAAUAUAUGUACAUACAUUAUUUAUGUAAGUUAUUAUGUAAUCUUUGUCUUUUAUAUACCUGAUUUGAGAUUUUUAUAAACAAAUAUGUAUUCUAUAUUUGUUUUUGAUAAUAAAGAAUUUA